UCGCCCGCGGCAGAGCCCGGCGCCCCCUCGCUUCCCGCUUUCGGCGGAGGCCUCUCCCUGUUUCUCCUUUUCCUCCUUCCUUCCCCUCCCUCCUUCCCCACCCGCCGGGGCACCGCGCUGGCAGCCGCCGUGGCGAGGCUGGGCUGCAGGGACCGGAGUCCCCUGGGGCGCGGGAGGGCGGUGCGGAGGCCUUAGCGCUCGGCCUCAUCGCAGUGACAAGACAACAUCUAGGCCUCUGCAGCCUCUCUCCCGGUCUUCUUGGGUUGUUCUGGCCUUGCCUUCAUUGUUCCGGUAGCUUUUGUGGCUCUGGAUGGCUAGCGAAGAGGGAUGUUCAGUCUAAUGGCCAAUUGCUGCAGCUGGUUAAAACGGUGGCAAGAACCUAUCAGGAAGGUGACACUAAUAAUGGUGGGUCUUGAUAAUGCUGGUAAAACCGCUACAGUCCGAGGAAUUCAAGGAGAGUCUCCUGAAGAUGUGGCUCCAACAGUUGGGUUUUCCAAGAUUGACCUUAAACAGGGACGCUUUGAAGUCACCAUCUUUGAUUUAGGAGGUGGAAAACGAAUUCGAAAUAUCUGGAGAAAUUACUAUGCCGAGUCCUAUGGUGUAAUAUUUGUAGUGGAUUCCAGUGACGUUGCAAGAAUGGAAGAAACAAAGCAGGCCAUGAUAGAAGUUUUAAACAGCCCUAAGAUAUCAGGAAAACCUGUGUUAGUGCUGGCAAAUAAGCAGGACAGAGAAGGAGCUCUGUCAGAAGCAGAUGUAAUCGAAUCCUUAUCACUAGAAAAGCUUGUCAAUGAACACAAGUGUCUAUGUCAAAUUGAACCUUGUUCAGCUAUCAUGGGCUGUGGGAAAAAAAUUGAUAAAUCAAUAAAAAAGGGUUUAUAUUGGCUUCUACAUAUCAUAGCAAAAGAUUUUGAUGCCUUAAAUGAGCGCAUCCAAAGAGACACUACAGAACAAAAAGCAUACGAAGAACAAAAGAAACUUGAACGAGCUGAGCGAGUUAGAAAGAUACGAGAAGAAAGAGAAAGAGAAGAAGGAAGAAACGUACCUGAUGAGGAAGACGCUGAGCCUGGGAACUCUGAAAACCCUUUCCAGCCUAUAUCUGCUGUAAUCUCUGAGAAUGAGAAAAAAAUUGAAAUGGAAAAGAAGCGGCAAAGGUUGGAGACUGAAAAGGCUACUAUUGUCUUGAAAUCACAAACAGAGCAGGAACAAAUGGAUGCCCAGCACUUAUCAAGUAGCAGUAGCCAAAGUACAAAUGAUGGUAGACUAGAAACAUGCAAUUCUACGACUACAGAGCUUUUGCAGCCUGAAGAGAAUGAGCGGCAAGCCUCAGAAUGCCUUGACUCAGAUAACAGUAAGAAAAAAAACAAAAAACCAAAAUUAAAAAGGAGCCAUAGAGUAGAACCUGUUAAUGCAGAGGAUGCUGUUCCCAAAAAUCCUACGCCACCACCAGCUCUUCCACCAGUUGGCUGGGGAACUCCCAAACUUAAUAGACUUCGAAAACUUGAGCCUCUUGGUGAAACACAUCAUGCUGGCAUAUAGAGAGAAGGCGGCAAGAAAGAAAAGCCAGAUGAAGAGAUUUCUAUGGAAAGCCUCUGCCCCCACUGACUAUACGCCAAAGACCCAACAGUGACACCCAUGAUGUCAUUGCUUAACUGGAUCACAAAUAGCAUUUAAAAAAACAUUACAAAAAUGUUUGUCAGAAACGUUUUUUUGCCCUUUGAGGAAUUUUUUUUUUUAAUUACAGUCUAUCAGCUUGUUGCAAAAUAACUCGGUGACAAUUAAACAUGGAGUUCGUUUUAUCAUACUUAGCUGAUCAGACUCUAUUAUUUACUUAUCACAUCACCAGCUCUUCUUCAGGAUUUAGCAUGAAAUCAUGAAAGGUCUCUGUGUCCAUGGAUGCUCAUAUGAACAUGGUAUUGAAUAUUUAUUGGGUUUACUUGUGAAAAUACAUAGCGUAAACCUGAAGAAAAAUUCAAGAUCACAUAAUACUGGAUUUUACGUUCUUACCAAGACCUUUCUUCAGGCGCUGCACGUGGUUGGUAUUCUUGCAGCUAAUAAAUGGUUCUAAAGCAUUUUGUAAGACUGUAUAUCAUAGGGUGAAUGUAGAAAGAUUAUGCAAAAAAUAUUGAGUAUAUUUUUCUAACUUUUUAUAAAAUUAUUUGAAAGUUUGAGUGGACAUGCACACAUACUACCAAUAAAAUGAUACUUAGAAAGCAUUAGAAUCCUGCUUGUCAAAUGCAUACAAAUAGAGUGUUUAACUCUUGCAUUUCUUUUUCAGUAGCAAUACCUUUUAUGAGGGAUUACACGAUCAGAUGCAUAUUUUAUAUUUUUCACAAUCUGAAGUGGGAGGAAAGUAGAAAGGGAAAUUUAAGAUGCAUUUUAUACAAAAUUAUGAUAUUUGAAUUGUCUGAAAGUUUUCUUAUGUGUUGUUUUCUUUGCUUUGUUAACUUAGUUCAGCAUAGGUAAUAAAUUCAGCUGAAAAAAAGAGAGCCGAAUAUUGUAUUGUCUACUACAACAUGCAAGAAAAUUGCACACAGUGAAAGUUUUGCACUAAUUCAGUCAUCAAUUCUUAUGGAAAAAUGAAUCAACCAGUAUGCAGAUAAGCUCCAGCACUUUUUAAUCAUUAUAGUACUAAAAUACCAUCUUGAAAACAAAAGAAACCCAAGAUUUUUAAAAACUUACUUAAUGCUUCCACAUAACAUGUUAAUUUUACAUUUUAAAAGUUCACAUACAAGUGAUAUAUAAAUAACAAUGGUUACAAUUGAAUAUAUUACUAUUUAAAUGUUUUUCCUCUUACACUGGAGACAGCCAUUGGGAUAUUCUGUAAACGUAUAUAGUUACACCACUUAGUUACAGCAAAGGUGAAGCCCCUAUUCAAAGGUUUUUUGAAGCAGCAUAACUCGAUGAUGCUCUCAGUCUUCCAUAACAUGGUAUUACCAACAGAUUUUAGUAGAUGUUAAAACAAAACAAUGUGUAUAGUCACAAAUCUUUGCCAUAUACCCCCUAUGGCCACAAGUUAUCUAAAUAAACAUCUACUGUAUUUAUUGAAAUGAAAUUAUACCUAAGAUUUUUAAAGAGUAUGUUUGAAGGACGAGAGGGGAGCAAAAUCAGUCUUAAGAAUAUUAUGUUUGGAGUGGGUGGAGAGGAAUAUUCCAACUUUAAGAGUUUAGUGUAAGGAUUAAGCAAUUUGUAUGUGACUAUCAGCAUGAGAAAACAUUUGUUGUAUACUAGUUGUGUAACAUGGGCUGUUUGGUUAUUCUUGGGAUUUAGUCGUUUUCACUUCAAACAAACACAAUAUUAAGUGGAGGGGAGUUGCAUAAAAUUUUAUGUAUGCAAUCUCAAUCUCACUGUCUUCAGGUAUAUUACCACUUAAAUUUUUUUGCUUAAAUUCUCUACUUCUGCAGGCUUAUUUUUUUACAGCUUCAGUUUAUAGAAAUUUAUUACUCCUUGGUUUUAACACUUAUCUAAAAUAAAUUAAUGGAAGUCUUUAACCUAAAUAUUGCUGUGGAAACAAAAUUUGAGAAACUGAAAUGUGAGAUGUUGAUACUUACAUGUGAAAUGUGUGUUAUGGGUAUUGUGUGUGUGUGGACAGAUGUAUCAGUUUUGUUUCUGCUUUUAAAAUAAAUUUUACCAAUACAUGACCAAAGUACAAAAAUAUUUCAUACAGUUUUGUUUACUAAUAUGCUCUGUGAUUAUUUACUACAGUAUUUUUUUCGGUAAUAUAUACCAUCUUGACUCUUUCUUUGCUCUGGAUGACAUUUAUAUAUAGAAUAAAACUUAUGCCCAGCAUGAAUGUUUCCCGUAUUAUCAUAAAUAUACAGGGGUUUUUUGAAACAAGUAUAGUCAUAAAUGUUUGAUGGCUGCAAAUCUCAUUUACAUUGCUAAAAUGUACAAAAUAAGAGACUUU